CGAAUGCGCCUUCGUGGCGUCUGUCGAUGGGAUUCAAGUUCCCACGGGAGUGCAUGCACUGAGGCGCUUGGAAAGAACACUACCAACACCGUGGUUGCGUGCAGCGCACCUCCUGUGCCGGCAACUCACAAGGGGCCCUGCUGUCCUCACCCAUUCAAGUACUGUGGUUGGAAUUGAGCACUCACAUAUUCAUAUGUCCACAGCGACCAAGUAUGUGUUGAUAACCGGAUGCAGCAAAGGUGGUAUCGGGCAUGCAUUGGCACGAGAAUUUCUGUCCAGAGGUUACACAGUAUUUGCGACAGCACGCCAGCUGGAAUCCAUUGAUGACCUCGGGGAGCUUGGAGCUAUCACACGACGGCUGGAUGUGACAGAUCACCAGGCAGUUUGCAAGUUGAGGGACGAAGUCGCGAGCAUUACCGGCGGCAAGCUCGAAGUCUUGGUCAAUAAUGCGCGCGUCGUCUCACUUUAUGCAUUCCGCCCUCUUGUUCCUGCAAUUGACAUGCCGAUGGCAGAUGCCCGCGCACUGUUCGAAGUGAAUUUCUUUGCGCCGAUGUCCAUGGUGCAGGAGUUUGUGCAGAUGCUCAUCGGAUCAGGUGACGGACGCAUCCUCAUGAUAAGCAGUGUGGGCAGCGUGAUGCCUUUACCCUUUUGCUCCGUGUAUAACGCGAGCAAAGCUGCGUUGACCCAAUUCAGCAAUUCGCUCCGUCUUGAACUGGCACCAUUCAAUGUCAAGGUUGUCACCGUUUUAUCAGGAAGCGUGAAGACGAACAUUGUAAAGCCUCAUACGCUUCCGGAGCAUUCUAUAUACCAAUCUAUGGAAAAUAUCUACCAGCAAAGACGCGUGAAGCCUAUUAUGGAGGGCGCCAUGCCCGCAGACCAGUAUGCGCGUACAGUGGUAUCCGAGACCCUCAAAUCAAACCCUCCCAAGAUUGUGUGGGCAGGCACUCAUACGUGGUUCUGUUGGAUUGUCGACAAGUUCCUGGGCCAACGAGGCUUCGAUUUCAUCUUCACGAGGAUGUUUGGGUUAGCCGACUUUGCUGCGAUGGUCAAGAGUGGCCGGGCAAAGGCUCCUUAGACAGCGCUGCUUUCGAAUUGCUUUCGUUACCAUCGCCUGCGGUAUCUAUUCCCGAGACAAAGCCGUUUUGACUGCUCGAUGAGCGCACUUACAUUUUCAAUAUAUUGAUAAAACUGAGACACAAUCACUGUCCAUCUGAACAUGCAAAUAUCGAUCUGAAUGAACUUAAAUAUGCGC